CUGAAACCCUUAGAUAUAAAAACCAAUAUCACAAUUUAAGAUGUUUGAAUAACGAUCAUACUCAAAAGUUAAAUUUUUACCUUGUGAAGUUGUUGGUGACUGAGUUAUCAAAAAUAUUAACAUGAAGUUUACUUACAUAGAACACGCAAAACUCCUCCUGUUAUCAAUCCUUGGGGCAUUUCUUGCAACUUUAUCAUACUUAACACACACUUAUAACCCGUUAGAAUUUUUAAUCGAUAAGGUAACGGGGUUUUAUCCCGACUCAAUCUUGUUCAACCUAUGGAAGAACCCGCCCUAUGUUCUACUGCUUAGAAUAUACUUGUUUAACGUUACCAACCCCCAAGAGUUUUUAGACGGGACGGAUAAGUUAAGAUUUCAGGAGGUUGGUCCGUAUGUGUUCAAGGAAAGCUUAUUUAACAUCAACAGUACCUUUAAUGAUAAUGGGACGAUUUCUUUUAUUCCAAAAAGGCGUUUAGAGUUUCAACCUCAGCACUCAAUAGGAAAUCCUGACGUCGACAAACUGCUGCUACCAAACCUUGCAUUACUGGGAAUGUCAGCCGCAUUAAGUGAGCAUUCGAUGUUUGUCCAACUUGGAUUGUCAUCGUUAAGUUCGUAUUAUGGAAUGGAACCAUUUAAUCACAUCACAGUUACUGAUUUCCUGUAUGGCUACGAUGACCCAUUAGUAUCACUUGCUAACGAUUUUGUACCCAAUUGGAUUGAUUUUUCACGGUUAGGGAUACUAGAUAGGAUAAUGGCAUUGGACAAUGCUUCAAACGUAGUUACUAUGAAUCUGAAUCAGCAUAAUAACUUGUCGGACAAUCACACAAUGACAACGGAAGAAUCAAUGCCUCGUCCGUUCUCCAUCCAAACUUGGAACGGUUUCGCGGGAUUCAAGCAGUGGGGGUAUGAAUCUGGGAGCGACAGUCAAACACCACCAUCUACUUGCAACGCCGUCGAAGGUGCAUUUAUGGGGACGCUCUUCCCUCGGCACAUUAACAAAAAUGACACGUUUUACUUAUACCGGCAUGCAUUCUGUAGGACAAUUCCGAUAACGUUCGAAAACGUAACGACUACACAAGACGGAUUUGAAGGGUACUUGUUUAGAGUAAAACGAGACUUCUUAGCCACAAGAGAAGAAAAUGCGGAAAAUGAGUGCUACUGUAUUUCUCAGAAGUGUCUUAGGAAAGGAUUGGGGGAUUUGUCUCCAUGUUACUACACUAUCCCAAUUGUCGUAUCACAACCUCAUUUCUUUAACGCAGAUCCCACUCUAUUGGAAGAAAUCGGCGGGAUGUCACCGAAUGAAACAAAACACGACACUACAAUGACCAUCCAUCCACACAUAGGGGUGCCAUUAGAAGCAAAUUUACGGUUACAAGCAAAUUUAGCAAUGCCCGAUAGCAGUUACAAUUCAAAAACCAAACCGUUCAGUAACUUAGUCUUGCCUUUGCUUUGGAUCGAUUUGAUUAUCGAUCAGUUGCCUCCUAAAAUCCAACUUUACCUAAAACUUUUGUAUCACAUAUUGCCGAUUGUACAAGAUGUUGUCGUGUACGUAUUUGCCGUGGCUAGUAUAUUUUUAAUAUUUGGACCGGCGGUCAAAAUCUUCUUAUAUCCUAGUAAUACGGAAACGCACCACAAUUCUUUUCACGUCAAAUACAGUCAAAUACCAGUAUUUUCACUAAGAACUAAAAUAUUUGAUCCUGAUAUCUUAAUACAAAAAUAGCGUUUAAAGUUUUUAUUUUUGUUAUUGAAAGACUGAUUUAGAAAUACUUAAUUUGUUUAAAGAAGUAGUUUUGUACUUUUUUUGUAAAAAUAUGUUACAAAUAAAUAGUGAUAUUAGUAACUUAA